AUGGACACCACCACCCUAGCGCCCCUCCUCUCCUCACUCUCUUCAUCUAUCGACGACCUACAAGACUCCCUCGCCCCCCUCCUCACCACCCCUCUCUCCCAAACCGCUUCCAAGCUGCCCCUCCUCGACAAAGCAAAACUGCACGUCCUAACCACCUACGCCAUCGAGUCCCUGCUGUUCUCCUACCUCUCGCUCAACGGCGUGAAUGCAAAGACGCACCCCAUUUUCACAGAGAUCAUGCGCGUGAAGCAGUACAACGAGAAGAUCAAGCUGGCCGAGGCGGGUCCGGCCGCUAUCAACAGGACGCAGACGCUAGACAAGAGCGCGGCCCAGCGGUUUAUCAAGUCGGGAUUGGCCGGGAACGAGCGGUUUGAUCGGGAGAGGGCGGAAAGGCAGGCCAGGGAGAAGGAGGUGGCGAGGGAGAAGCUGGAGGCGCUGGAGGCGGCGAAAGUGAGGCUGCAGGCUGAGAUGACGGCGAGGAAGAGGAAGGCCGAGGAGAUUGAGGAAGCUGAGGAGGAUGGGGAAGUGGCGGAGGAGGCGCAGGAGGAAGGCAGCGAAGAGGGAGAGCUGGAACCCGAAGCGGAGACGACGGCUCAAGAGGAUACGUCGGCCGUGAAUGAGAGGGGCGGGGUUCCGUCAGAGCCUGCGAAGAAGAAGAAGUUGAGACAUAGCAAUGAUCCGGAGAAGAAACGCAUAAGAGUCGAGAAGAGGGCUGAGAAGAAGGUGGAAAGGAAUGCGGCUAAGAGGCAGAAGAAGAAGGCGAAGAAAGAGGCGAAGAAGCAGUCAGGUUGA